CACCAUCAAAACAAUCACUCAAAACAACAUCUUUCGGGUGGUGAUAAACAAUCAUUUCCUUUCUUAUUAUAUACGCAAACAUCGUCAUCAGCAUCAUUAUCUUCUCUUCUCUCCAACUCGUAUAAAUCACUGAUAACAAAGAAGAAUAUUCUGCUUCAUCGGGCUCGUUGCCCCUUGCGCUCACCAAGCACGCGUCGAGGUGAUCCUCUGCAAACUUAUCCUUGUUUUCCCCUUCUCCCCUUGAUCCUUGAAUAUCGCAAACUUCGUCUUCAAUCCUCCUUUGUUCUCAUAAUCCAAACAUUUACUCCGCCGCUCUUAUUGUUUCCCUAUCACAAAGUUACACUCCGCUGCAGUACAGCAAUCAUGGGUGGCAAGGCCUUCGCUCACGCGAAUCCUCCCCUGGAGACACCUCGAAUGUCUCACACGGCAUAUCUGGAGGCCAAAAACACAGUCAUUCGACGCCUGAAUGAGAAAUUCUACUGGACUAAUGUUCCGAUGGAAGGCCCCGGCAAGGAAGACCACGGCGACGUCGAUGUCCUCGUCUGCGACAUGAAAGGAAUCGAUAUCUUCAAGGAGACUGUACUUGAUGCCAUCUCUAACGCCCUCGGAGCUGAAUCCAGAAUCACUGAAGGUGGCGCCGGCCACUUCUCUGCUCACUUCGCUAUCCCAUGGCCUGAGCAUAUCCCUCUUCCCCAGGCAAAGGGAAAACCAACUCUUCGUCCACCGAUUGUUUCCAUCACUCCUCCGUCACCUCCGCGCCCUUCUACUCGUUCUACUCUGACUGCCACUCCUGGAAACCUGUUCAAGCUUUCUGAAAACGUUCCUACAGUUCCUCCUGUCAGCACUACUACUGGAAAGCCUCCCCUGGAUUCAACCUUGCCUUCUCCUUUCGGUCCACACCCUAACCCCCUUGGUUCAAACCCUGCUCUCUAUAUCAAAGAAGCUUCUAGUCCUGACGCAGAGCCAAGUGCCGCGAAGGACUCAAAAUCAAACGAACAAACCGACGCUACAGUCGCGGGCUCACAGACGAAGUCCUCAUCCAACGAUUCUGAUGGCAUUAGUAUCACCUCUUCAGAGCGUAGUCAAGCAUCUGCUGCAACGGCUCCUGUGACUGGCAAAUGGGGAACCCUCUCUUAUAUCAAGAGGAAAAUGAAAACCGGCGACUCAUCUUCUCGAUCCUUUUCACUGUCUACAAUGUUCAAGCGUGGCAAGUCAGGCCGAGAUUCUGUUGCAUCAAACUCUACCCACGGAACUCUUGAAAAGAUCAAUAGUUCCUUUUCAGAGCCUGGUGCUACCCUUCCAGCUAUUCCUGCACAUGGAAAUUUCAGAAUCAAGAGAAGGGCUGUCCCAAAGUCGAUCCUGACUAAUAGCCCUUUCGUUUCCCCGCCUUCUGGCCCAGUUCACGAUAACCCAUUUCGUGACCCUCCCCGCGUCUUCAUCCAAGUUGACGUUCGAUACUGUCUUUCAAGAAAGCAAGCUAAGUACUUGCGUUUCUUCGAGUCGCACGGCGACUUUUGGCAAAUCGUGGGAUCCAUCAUCAGUCCCUAUGGUCUUACCGUGGACGACAAAGGUCUUCACAUCCGGGUGGAAGAAGGGGAACGCAUCAACCGUAAGAAAGCUAAGAUCCUCCUUACCAGCAAGCCGGAUGAAAUCCUGAUGUUCCUUGGACUCCCCGUUGCUGAAUACUGGCGUCCUUUUGCCACCACCAACGCUAUGUUUGAGUACAUAGCCAAAUGUCCCAUGUUCUCUCGAGGGUGCAGCACCUUUCAGGAAGAGAUGGGCGUCGUCACUUCUAACGAGCGUCGACGCAUGGCCUCGCGCCCUGUCUAUCGAGAAUGGGUUCAGGAGUUCAAGCCUCGCUUCCUACAGAGAGAUCUGGAUUUCGGGAGCCCCUUGACCCGUGAUGACAUCAAGGAGAAGGCCUUCUAUACUUUCAAGAUAGAGUCUGAGUACCACGCCCGAGUCCGAUCAUUCAUCCUGGGCUCACAAAGAGAGGAGCUUCGAAAGUACAUCAAGUCGCUCGUCCCCCUAGAGGACAACUCCACCCCGGCCAAACAAAGACGAUCCAAGACAAUUAAGGCCAUGUCCGCCAUCGUCAUUGAUGGCAUGGAUGCUUCCGAGUUCGGGAUCGCCGCCCCGGCCAAGCUCCUCCGGGGAAAUGGGACGUGGGACAUGCCACGCACCGAGGAGUGGAUUCGCACCAAGGUGCAAUUCGUUGGCCGCUAUGCCAACAUGAGCGCGGUAGAAAAGGAGAAGUUGAGGGCAGAGUCGGCGAAGAGGAAGGCAGAACGCGGCUAGGGUCGUCGCCGCCUAACGAUCAACGAUGUCCCGGAGCCGGAGGCCCAGUCUGGGGAGUCUGAACUACUCCCCGGGCUGGCUCAACUCAACCUCGGCGCCAGCAAGUAGGCUGGUUGCCUACCCUCUUCCAACAUCAAGACCACCGGGCCUUGAAGCUGGUCACCAAAAUUUUGUCCAUGUUUUUUAAGUUCUAUUUCACCAUUUUCAACGUUCGUCGAUCGACGACACACGCGGCGCACGUAAUCUAAUUUUUUUUUUUUAGCAGUCGGGGUCAGGCUGUUCUUUUCCGGGUGGGAGGGAUGGCCUAUAUAGGCGGAAAAGUGUAUAUACAAUUUGCUACAAUCGGAGUUCUUUUUGGUACC